CCCAUACUCCUGCACUCAGCUCAACUUUUGCUGGAGUGGACUUGCUGUGGUGUUCGGUGGUGAAGUGAGGUCCAGGUGGGCGUCGCCUGCAGAAAAAGACAACUCAACAGGACUACAAAAUGGCUAACCGAUCCCCAGCAACCACUCGCCAGUCAUCAUCUUAUACGAGGAUAUUUGGUGGUGAGCGCAAUGCCUCCGCUCGCUCCAGCUAUUCGAGCCGCCAGUACUCGGCUCCGGCGCGCGCCUCGCGUCUCUCCUACAGCACCUUCUCCGCUCCGCCGUCCGUCGUCGCGAGCAAAAGUGUGCGAAUGCGAAGCGCAAACCUGCCCCGACUCACAUCCGAAACGCUGGACUUCGCUCUGUCCGAUGCCAUCAACAUCGAAUUCAAAGCGAACCGAACAAACGAGAAAGCUGAGAUGCAGCAGCUGAACGACCGCUUCGCCUGCUAUAUAGAGAAGGUGCGAUUUCUGGAGCAGCAGAAUAAGAUGCUGAGCACCGAGCUGGCGCAACUCAGGGGAAAAGGAACAUCCCGAGUCGGAGAUCUUUACGAGGAGGAGAUGAGGGAGUUACGCCGGCAAAUGGACCAACUCACCAAUGAUAAGGCCAGGGUGGAAGUGGACCGCGAUAAUCUGGCGGAGGAUCUUGAACGCCUAAGAGAAAAGCUUCAAGAAGAGGUUCUUCAGAGGGAAGAUGCUGAAAACAACCUCCAAGUUUUCAGGCAGGACGUUGAUCAUGCAGCCCUGGCUCGUCUAGACUUGGAGCGCAAGGUGGAGUCCCUACAGGAGGAGAUUAUUUUCCUAAAGAAACUUCAUGAUGAGGAGUUUGCUGAGCUUCAGGCCCAGAUACAAGACCAGCAUGUGCAGAUUGAUAUGGACAUAGCAAAGCCUGAUCUGACCGCUGCACUCCGGGAUGUCCGCCUUCAGUAUGAGACUCUGGCCAACAAGAACAUCCAUGAGGCUGAGGAAUGGUACAAAUCAAAGUUUGUGGAUUUGUCGGAGGCUGCUGCUCGUAACACUGAAGCCAUCCGCCAGGCUAAACAAGAUGCCAAUGAAUAUCGCCGCCAGGUGCAGGCUUUGACCUGUGAGGUGGAUGCUCUUAAGGGCACUAAUGAGUCUCUGGAGCGCCAAAUGGGGGAACUGGAGGACAACUUCGCCAUGGAGUCUUCUAGUUAUCAGGAUACCAUCGGUCGUCUGGAGGAAGAAAUCCGUAACAUGAAGGAUGAGAUGGCUCGUCACUUGCGUGAGUACCAGGACCUGCUGAAUGUCAAAAUGGCCCUGGACAUUGAGAUUGCAACCUACAGGAAGCUGCUGGAGGGUGAGGAGAGCAGGAUUGCUACUCCCUUGCCCAAUUUCUCCUCUUUUACUCUGAGAGAAUCCAUGACAGAAACCAAACCACUUAUUGAGAACCUGUCCAAGAAAGUGGUGAUUAAGACUAUAGAGACAAGAGAUGGUCAAGUGAUUAAUGAGUCCACUCAGCAUCAUGAAGACCUGGAAUGAACUCCAUGCAAAAUCUUUAAAAGAAAAGCUCACUACAAAGGAGAGCAGUGUAGGGAGAGGAGAUAUACCAGAGGAGUAUCUUUUUUCUGUCAUACUAAAACAGCUUUAAUGUGCCUUUUUGCCAAUCUAGACAGAUCAGCAGAUAGAGAUGUGUUUUGAAUAGACUAGAGGUUGUAGGCCAGAGAAUAUCAACUUCACAUAGAAUUCCUGUUCUCCACAACUACUAUAGUUUGAACUGUACACAUUGGACCACAGCAAUAAACUUAGCUAUACUGAUUUGUAUUGUUUUGUUUUGGUCAGCGUUUAGCUUGACCAAAAUCUAGAAGAAUGAAGAUAUGUCUUUAAACAUACAAACAAAUAAAGUUAAUAAACCUUUCCAAAACUCA